AUGGGCAACGAGAAGAAGAAUACAAGUAAAGCAGCUGCGAAGGCAGCCAAAAAGCAGAAAGUGGAAGCCAAGAUUUCUAAGAAAGAAAAGAAGAAGAUCAAAAAGACAAAGACGACCGAUGCACCUGUGGAGGAUGAAGAUUUAGAGGCCAUCCUCGACAAGAUGAACCGCGAAUGGGAAGAUGCGCAUAAGGUCACAGAGGAACUAGUCGAGGGCCCACCUUCCCGGCGUGCGAACGCGACUCUGACGCCUUGCCCGAGCGGAAACCACUUGUGGUGCAUCGGAGGUGAAUUCUUUAGUGAUGAUGGCAAGGCCUACUUUUACAACGACGUCUACCGCUACAACCCUGACAAGGAUGAGUGGCGCAAGUUCGUGAGCCCUACGUGCCCUGGGCCUCGCAGUGCACAUGCCGUGGUGACUUCGGCAGCUGGAGGAGGAAAGCUCUUCUUGUUCGGCGGCGAGUUUAGCUCAUUGUAUCAGAACACGUUCCAUCACUACAGGGAUUUUUGGAGCUUUGAUAUUAGCACUCAUUCGUGGGAUCGCUUGGAUACUAAGAUCAGACCCAGCGCGAGGUCAGGACAUCGGAUGGCAAUGUGGAAGCACUACAUCGUUCUAUUUGGCGGUUUUUAUGACCCAGGGCAUCGCACCCAAUAUCUAAAUGAUACCUGGGUAUUUGAUACUCAAGAGUAUAAAUGGCGACAAAUCGAAUUCAAGGAUAUGGAUCGGAAACCAUCCGCAAGAAGCGGAUUCUCAUUUCUCUCUACGCCAGAAGGUAUUGUUUUACAUGGGGGUUAUUGUAAAGAAUACAUCAAGGGUAAACGUCCUAUUGGCGUAAUGCUCGACGAUACCUGGUUUCUCCGCAUGUCCCUCGAAACUUCCCAAUCUCCAUCAUCGUCCACAGUCUCCUCGGAUCCACUUAGUUUGAAAUGGGAAAGGCGAAAGAAACCAUCCUUCGCGCCGCACAUCCGCAGUGGCUGCACAAUGGCGCUGUGGUCGGUCAAGGGUAUGGGCGUCCUGUUUGGCGGCGUGACAGAUGACGACAGGGAUGAAGAGAGCCUCGAGAGCGUAUUUUGGAAUGAUCUCUACGGAUACCAACUCGUUGGCAAUGGGCGUUGGCAAUCAAUGACACUCAAGAAGUUGAAAAAAGCAGGGAAGGGUGGAAAGCGAAAGGCUGCAGCUGUUCAGCAAGAAGAAUCGGACGGAGAUGACGAUGGAAUUAAGACUCAAGAGGUUAAGAACACCAAGCAGGACCUUGAUGUUGAUCCUGAUGACCCAAUACUAACGACCCCAAUACCUCGGUACAACGCUAUGCUAACUGUGCUGAGGAAUACACUGUACAUCUAUGGUGGUAUCUUUGAGCGUGGGUCAAGGGAAUACACACUCGACGAUUUCUAUUCGAUCCAGCUCGAUAAGCUCGAACGGUACACGUGCCUCAAGCACAGCGGCAUCGUUAUCCCAGCGGAGGGCGACGAGAGCAGCAGUGAUGAGGAUGACGAUGGUGCAGAGAGCGACGAGGAUGGUGAUAGUGAUAAUGAGACGCGGGUAGAGGAAGAUGAUGCGGGGCUCGACCUUCAAAAGCUUGAUGAUAGUCACGAUGACGAAGAAGCUGACGAGCCCGUAGAUGUACGACACGAGGUGCGUGCGCAAGCGACGGCAUUCAUGGGUGUAUCCAAAGACACGGCGCGCUCUGCGGAGGAUGUGAUUAGCACACCAGAACCGGGAGAGACACUAGCUCUGUUUUAUGCUCGAAGUCGUGAAUACUGGACCCAGAAAGCACACGGAGUGAGCGAUAAUCGGGGCAAACAACUCAGGAGGGAUGGUUUCAGUUUUGCAGAAGAGCGAUAUGCGGAGUACAAACCUAUCCUCGAAGAAGUAGAGAAGAUCCUGGCCGAGGCCGGCCUCGAUGAGGACGAGAUGAGAGCAGGUGCUGCUCAGACUGGCGGAGGCGGAGGCAUCGCGUCAAGUCGGAACCGUCGGUGA